GAGAAACCAAACCAAAUCCCCGCCAAACCUAGGAAAUGUAAAUUCUAUAAAUCUAAAUACAUUCGAAAGUAUAAGGCUAUUUCUUCAAUUCCAAAUUCCAAUGACACUUAAAACAGUGAGAAAACCCUGAAAAUAUGAAGGAGGCAGAGGGUAACAGAGAAAUCCAAGUCCGUACAAUAACCGGCGAAUCAACCACCGUUUCGAUUUCGAGUCAUAGUACCAUUGAAGACCUCAAGAAGCUCCUCCUCAACCAAUCUUUCCUUCCUGCCUCUAACUCCCCCAAUUUCCAUCUUUUCUUCAAGGGUGUUAAAUUGAGAUUGCAGAGUUUGAUAAGUACUCACUGCAUUGAGCCUGGAGACUUUCUAGUACUUGUUCCGUUUACUAGGAAGGAACCAAGUCAGACCCGGAAAUCCGAACAAUCUAAAACUUCUUUGAACAAUGGUCUUAAUAAUGACUCAAUCUCGAAGUUUGCUGAUUUGGCGUGGUCUGAUAUGAUGCAAGAUUUGUCAUAUUUACGCGAAACAUCGAAUGAUGAAACUGCUACUAAUGACAAGGUGGGCAGUUUUAGUCUUGGAGAUAGGACAGAAACAAUGGCAGCGAGUUUUAGUACUGGAGAUAGGAAAGAUACAAUGGAUGAAAUUUCAAAUUUUCGUUCUUUUGGGGAAAAACGCGGAAGGGAUUUUGAUUUUGAUAAAGGGAUAGGGCUCCCCUAUGACUUAAUAUUGAGUUCGUUGCAGUUUUCUAGCGAGGGUGUUCUUGAUGAGCACAACUGUGAUGUAUUUGUUAAGGUUUUGGAGUCAGUGAAUUGUUUAUCGGACCCACGUUUUGGAUUCUGCUUGUUGUCAAGAAAAGCAAAAUUUUGGGCUGGUGACAUGGGAGUGGGAGCUAACAAUAGUAGUUCUUGCUUAUGUCCUGCAUGGUUGAAGAUAAUCAUGAAGGCAUUUGCUUUCUUGAACAUUUUUUCUGCAUUUCUUCAUUUUCAGCAGAAGAGUAUGACCACUGCUUAUUUGGAAGAAGCACUAAAUCAGCUAGCAAAAUCUGGAAUUAAACUUGGUAUGAAGGACAUAGAGCAUCUUUCUGUUCUUAGUCCUAAGGGGGUGCGCUUUUCAGAUAAUGAGAUGGAGAAAUCAAGUUUUGGUGAUACCCUUGUUAUCAUUAAUUGUUCAACAGAAAGGAAAGAUCAAGUUGAUAAUCCUAAAACUGCUCACAAACGGUUAUAUGUACCAAAGAUUGUCAGUGCAUUGAAGAAACGUGAAAGUUCUUUCAAAACUAUCCUGUCAGAGGCUGUUCAGGUUUUAGUGUGUAAAAAGAAAACUGAGAUGGCCGAGGCAUUUUCCUUGGAGGACUUAAUCUUAUCAGUGAAGGACCGUAGUACUGCUGUGAGUGGAAAUGAAGCAAAACGGGCAAGGAGAAGCAGGGCGGCUUCAAGUUCUGAUUCAGACCAUCUAAAAUGUCAUGAAACAAGUUCAUUGCUACCAGUGGAAAUGGUUGAACAUCUUAGGAAGGGAAUUGGAUCUACAGGACAGAUGGUGCAUGUUGAAGAUAUUGGUGCCAGGAAAGCCACUUACAUGGAAAUCCCAAAUCAACUCUCAGAAAACUUGAGAUCUGCACUUAAAUCUAUGGGAAUUGCUAAAUUGUAUAGUCACCAGGCAGAGUCUAUACAAGCCUCCCUUGCUGGGAAGAAUGUUGUUGUGGCAACAAUGACAUCCAGUGGGAAAUCUCUUUGCUAUAAUCUGCCAGUUCUUGAAGUCUUGUCGCAGAAUUUGUUAUCAUGUGCUCUGUAUUUAUUUCCAACAAAGGCCUUAGCUCAAGAUCAACUUAGAGCUUUGUUAGAUAUGACAAAAGGAAUUGAUGCUAGCUUAAAUAUUGGUAUAUAUGAUGGUGACACUUCUCAGAAGGAGAGGACAUGGCUGCGUGAUAAUGCUAGACUGUUGAUCACAAAUCCAGACAUGUUACACAUAUCAAUCUUGCCACACCAUGAAAGUUUUAGGCGGAUUUUAUCAAAUCUUAGGUUUGUGAUCAUUGAUGAAGCCCAUGCUUAUAAGGGUGCAUUUGGAUGUCACACUGCUCUUAUAAUAAGGAGACUUCGUCGACUCUGUUCACAUGUAUAUGGAAGUGAUCCUUCUUUUGUAUUUUGUACUGCAACUUCUGCAAAUCCGCUUGAGCAUUGUAUGGAGCUUGCAAAUCUACCAACCUUGGAGCUAAUUCAGAGUGAUGGAAGUCCCUCUGCUAGAAAGCUUUUCAUCCUUUGGAAUCCUGUUGUGUCCCCAAAAACUAUUUUGAAGGAAACACAGAGUAGUAUGGAUACUAGUGGAUCUACAAAUGUAAAUUCUAAUCUCAGACAUUCCAGUCCACUUUUUAACGUUUCGUGCCUCUUUGCGGAAAUGGUUCAGCAUGGACUUCGUUGCAUUGCUUUUUGUAAAUCGCGUAAACUUUGUGAAAUUGUUCUAAGCUAUACGCGUGAGAUUCUUCAGGAUACAGUACCCCAUUUGGUUGACUCCAUAUGCGUUUAUCGUGCCGGCUACAUUGCUGAGGAUAGGAGGAGAAUAGAGAGAGAUUUUUUUGAUGGGAAGCUUUGUGGUAUUGCUGCAACGAAUGCCCUUGAGUUGGGCAUUGAUGUUGGGCAUAUUGAUGUGACUCUGCAUUUAGGCUUUCCUGGUAGUAUUGCUAGCUUGUGGCAACAAGCUGGCAGGGCUGGGAGGAGAGAAAAACCAUCUCUUGCUGUUUAUGUUGCAUUUGGAGGGCCUCUUGAUCAAUAUUUUAUGAAUCAGCCUAAGAAACUCUUUGGAAGCCCAAUUGAGUGCUGUCAUAUUGAUUCUCAAAAUCAGCAGGUUCUUGAACAGCAUCUGGUCUGCGCUGCUCAUGAACACUCAUUAUGUUUGCUUUAUGAUGAGAAAUAUUUUGGCUCUGGUUUAAGCAGUGCCAUAAAUUCUCUGAAAACUACAGGAUACUUGAGUUGUGAUCAAUCUUGUGAUUCUUCUACUAAAAUUUGGAACUAUAUUGGGCAUGAGAAAUUUCCCUCACAUUCAGUUAGUAUCCGGGCAAUAGAAAAUGAGAGAUACGAAGUAAUAGACCAGCGUAGUGACAAACUCCUUGAAGAGAUCGAGGAAAGCAAGGCUUUCUUUCAGGUAUAUGAAGGUGCUGUUUAUAUGCGCCAAGGGAAGACCUAUCUGGUUAAAAAAUUAGAUUUGUCAACUAAAACUGCUCUGUGUGAAGAAGCUGAUUUGAAGUAUUACACAAAAACUAGAGAUUACACAGAUGUUCAUGUCAACGGUGGUAAAAUUGCUUAUCCAGUGAAGGUUGCCAAAAUUCAACUUCCAAGAACAACUGCCAAAGCAAAUACUUGCAAAGUAACAACUAAUUGGUUUGGUUUCUAUAGAAUCUGGAGAGGAAGCAACCAAAUCUUUGAUACUGUUGAACUUUCACUUCCUAGUUAUUCAUAUAAUUCGCAGGCAGUUUGGAUUCCAGUUCCACAAUUAAUAAAAGCUGCAGUCAACAAGCGAAACUUUGAUUUUCGUGGAGGCCUGCAUGCUGCUUCACAUGCUCUUUUAAAUGUUGUGCCUUUACAUAUAAUAUGCAACACAUCUGACUUGGCUCCAGAGUGUCCAAACCCUCAUGAUAGUCGAUAUUAUCCAGAAAGAAUUCUAUUAUAUGAUCAGCAUCCAGGAGGGAUUGGUGUAUCAGUGCAGGUUCAACCCCUUUUCACGGAGUUGUUAACUGCGGCUCUGGAACUUCUUACCUCUUGCUACUGCUUUGGAGAUGCUGGUUGCCCUAAUUGUGUCCAAAGUUUUGCUUGUCAAGAAUACAAUGAGGUUUUACACAAGGAUGCAGCCAUUAUGAUCAUUAAGGGCGUUCUAGAUGCGGAGAAAUUGUAUUUUGGGGGAUCUGCCGACUCUUCUAGAGUGGAGGACCAUUGCCAAAAUGUUUGAUGCAUGUAUAGGAAACCAAUUCAACUUCUCCUUUUCUUUUCUGGGUAAAGCAUUUAGACAAAAAGUGAUCAAUUUAAUGAGCCAUUCGCCUUAUCCAUGUCUCCAUUGGUUUAUGCUGAUAUUGAUGUUAUGAUUAUGAUUUGUUAGGCUGCAUCUGGUAAGUGCCUUUUGGCUUC